AUGGCUUUGAUUGUGGAUCAACAAUCAAACUUCAAACACUUUUGUAAAAUUUGCAAAAAAGGCUUUGGAUGUGGAAGAGCAUUAGGAGGACAUAUGAGAGCACAUGGGAUAGGCGACGAAACCGGUCAAAUGGAUGACGAUGAUCCGGCGAGCGAUUGGGAAGGUGGCAAUGUCCCACAAACAAGUAACAAACGUAUGUAUUCUCUAAGAACAAACCCCAAUAAGCUAAAAAGUUGUAGGGUAUGUGAGCAUUGUGGAAAAGAAUUUUUCUCUUGGAAAUCGUUUCUCGAACAUGGAAAAUGCAACUCCGAUGAUGCAGAUGAAGAGUCUCUUGUAUCCUCUCCAGAAUCCGACACCAUGGCAGAUGAUGAUGAUGGUGUCGGUGGCAGAAGAGGAUGCGGAUGGUCAAAGAGGAAAAGGUCGUUGCGAACUAAAGUAGGUAGUUAUAAUAACAAUUUUAAUUGUCCUUCAACCGAAGAAGAAGACUUAGCAAAUUGUUUAAUGAUGUUGUCCAAUGCUAUUGUUGAUCCUCUUGAGGUUGAACCUGAAGAAUCAUGUGCCUCAGCUAGCAAAGAUGAAGAAAGAAGAAACCCUAUGAAUUUCAUUGCACCAUUGGCUUAUAGAAUCCCCUAUGAAAACAACAACACCACCAACAACAACAACAAUAACAACAACAAUAACAACAAAGCCAAAGGUGUUGCUAAAGGGUUAUUUGAAUGCAAAGCAUGUAAAAAAGUUUUCAACUCACAUCAAGCAUUAGGUGGUCAUAGAGCAAGUCACAAAAAGGUUAAGGGAUGUUUUGCAGCAAGACUUGAUCAAAACCUUGAUGAUAAUAUUGUUGAGGAUGAUGCAAUCACACAUGAAGAAUUUUUCCCUUCAAAAUCAAACACAACAUAUGAUCAAGGGACCUCCAAUAACCCUCCUACAUUGAUGGCUUCUUCUUCCAAGAGAAAAUCCAAAGUUCAUGAAUGCUCAAUUUGUCAUAGGAGUUUCUCUUCUGGACAAGCAUUAGGUGGACACAAAAGAUGUCAUUGGAUCACAUCAAAUGCUCCGGACACAUCAACAUUGGCUAGGUUUCAACAAUUUCAAGACCAUAUUGAACAAAUACCUAAAUUUGAUAACUCUUCUGAGCCAAUUGAUCUCAAACUUGACCUUAAUCUUCCGGCUCCUACCAAUGCACAAAUUUACUUGCAACCGCCGUGGGGCGCUAAUGCAAGUGCGACGAAGGACAACAUCAUCAAAGAAGAUAAUAAUAGUCAAUGUAUGAAUCAACAAAAUCAAAACAACAACAAUAACAAGAACAACAACCUAGUCGAUCAAAAUAACGACAAUAAUAAUGAUAAUAACAAAAAUAACAACCUUAAUACUUUGGUACAAAAUGUUGAUAAUGAAGAUGAUAAAAAAGCCAAGUUGGCAAAACUAAGUGAGUUAAAGGAUGUCAUCAACAUUGGUGGAAGUUCUUCACCAUGGUUGCAAGUUGGAAUUGGUGCAACAACUGAUGUGAGGAAUGAUACGUAAUUAUUAUUAUUUUUUAUUUAUUUUUUUUACAA